UGCUAUCCAAUAAUAAGACGAAAUUUUGAGUAGCAGAUCCGCACUUGUUCACGAGUUCAUGCGAAGAGUUGCGCUUGCUUAUUUUCUGGUGAAUUUGUGCGUAUGACAGCAUGUGGUUGAUUAACACGUCAACUCUUUCGUUGGAGCCAUUCUAUGGCUUUGUUCCUGCGUAUGCUAUCCUUUCGCACACUUGGGAGCAUGAGGAGGUGUCAUUCAAAGAAUUCGUCAGAGCCCGCGAGGACAAGAACUUCGACAUUACAAAGAAGGCCGGUUACCACAAGAUAAUAGCAACAUGCAAGGAGGCGGUCAAGGAGGGUUGCUCCUACGCUUGGGUUGACACGUGUUGCAUUGACAAAACCAGUAGCGCAGAGCUGACCGAGGCUAUCAAUUCCAUGUUUAGCUGGUAUCGGCAGUCGAAAAUUUGCUUCGUAUACUUGAACGAUUUCGAGCUUCGUGAAGUUGAUGGCCAUUCACGUUCAGACGAGUUCGCUACUGCUUUUCGUCGAUGUAGGUGGUUUACCCGCGGCUGGACUCUCCAGGAGUUGCUUGCGCCGAGACACGUACGGUUCUUGAACUCGCAGUGGGAGAAAAUCGGGAUGAGGAAUGAUCUUUACCAACUGAUCGCCAGCGCCACGGGCCUCCCUAAAUCCUUACUGCUCAUGCCCCCGAGAAGUGACGUCCGUGAUUUCCACGUCGCUACGCGGAUAUCUUGGUUAGCCAAACGACAGACUACUAGGGUUGAGGACUUGUCGUAUAGUCUUCUGGGGAUUCUCGACGUCAAUAUGCCGAUGCUCUAUGGGGAGGGUGCCGCUGCUUUCACUCGGCUCCAGGAGGAAAUCAUUAAAAAAUACAAUGAUCUCUCCAUCUUUGCCUGGACCAAGGGAGCAAUAGGGAAAGGAUACAUGGACAUCUUAGCUCCAGCACCUUCAGCCUUCGCUGGCAAUGUGGGGGUUAACUAUCACAAAAAUAGGAAAGCCCACCUCGCUCACAGGUUGAGCGUACAGUUCUCCCUAACAAACCAAGGCAUCCUCUUUCCUAAUGUGAGGCUUCAAUACCAGGGUGCAGUGCCAGGAUUUAGCCACCACUACAUCUUGGACCUCAAGUAUCCGAACCCUGCCUUUCGUGGCCAGAAUGAGGGUCUAACCUAUAUCCUCCUUCGAAAAGUUGGGCCAGGGUUGUUCGUCCGACUUUACGAAAGUUUGGAACGGCAGAAUGCAUUCCGAGGAAAUUUCUAUAGUAGUGCUUUCUACGAAUCAGUAUGCAUCCUGAACAACCUGAAAGCCUCUAACUCACUGGUAUGGCAACUCAGUCGGUGGGAACACUACGCCAUUCGCCUGCGCUGGAAACCGUGGGAGAAGCUAGGGCAAAGAUUCUGGCACAUCCGAAUGGUGGAACCCAGGGCGAUAUGGGACGUUGCGGGAAACCAGUUCCUCCUUGAAAUGGCGACUGAGAGGUACAUGCACGUCGAGUUCAUCCCGGGUACCUACGCGAGCAAUCCGCAUUUCAAGUCCUUCGUUAUUAUGAUCCAGGUCUACAACGCCAAGGAGCGCGAUCCUGCGAGGAUCAAAGCACGCAUCGUCAAGAUCGAGACCUGGCAGAGCCUCAAUGUAACCACGCUAGGCUUCCGCGGAAAGAGCGCCGUGGAGAUGGACUCCCUGCAGUCACUAGCCGGCGGCGACGAAUCGAAUACCCUCUCAAUCGUGGGUUACGCUAUCUCAGUAUCUGUACGGCUACACGAGAAGAUAAAUGAGGCACCUUGUCAUCUAGUAUCCCUUGACUGGACGGAGACAGCGUCGUCUUAAUUUGAGUCCGCACAAAGAAUUCAUUACGUUGUUCGUAGUGCCAUUCAAAAAUGGCUCUACAGGCGAGGUUAUGAAUGAUCUAGUUCUGGUAAAAUUGACGAGGAUGGUUUUAAUGAUAUGGCUGGGGGCAAUUGAUGAAGCAUGGGAGCCAGAUUGUCCGGGUCCUCGGUACGGAUGACGACAUUCGAAGCAAUGUUCGGAAGGGACUGGAUAUCAUGAAGGCGGAAAACUACCGGCCGGGACAUUUGAUGAUAUCCCCAAG